AUGUUACUCAUGUUCGAUUCGAUGCUUGACCGAACUUUUGACACAAAUAUGAGAAAAGCUCAUAUAAUCUUAAAGUACACAUUUCGAGAGUGUUCGAGUGUUGCUCAUACCGAGAAAGACACACACACAUACAUAUAUACAAAAGAAAUAGAUAUCAAACGUUCAAUCUUUGCCGUCGCUGAACCAAACCAAUACGAGGGAAUGAUACCAUUAAGUAGUAAACAACGUUCGAAUUCGACUGUGUCAACCCUACUAGGUAGCGAUGAUACAGCUUAUGAUGGUGGACCAGAUAUCUAUGAUGAUAUGGAAGGAGAAUCUCUCGAAUCAUCUACUUCGUCGUCAUCGACGACAACAUCUCGAUCACAAUCCAAAGUAAUUUCAACCAAAACAACACGUUCACCUGCACAUAUUGACGACGGACAAAAAGUCGAUUACGGCGAAGAAAUCGAUUCAUAUCCCAAUGAACUCGUCGAUGAUGAAACAACGAUUCAAGAUGAUGAACAAAUCUUUGGUGAUAAGAAAUCGAUUAAUACACCGAAUACCCAAUCUGAAAUCUUCGAUAAUAACAUGAGGAAAGGUUCCGAGUUAUCCACAACGUCACGAAUCCCAUUUCUGCCAUCAUUUCUUUGGCAUGAUUUAUUUUCUAAACCUGGUAUCCUUGUUGGUAUUAUUGGUGGUGUUGUGAUCGGCAUGUUAUCAGCAAUUCUUCUUGUGAUGUUCAUUAUUUAUCGUAUGCGUAAGAAAGAUGAAGGUUCAUACGCACUCGAAGAAGGUCCGAGAAAAUCGCCUUCGCAUGCAUAUACACGUGUUUCAUCUCGAGAAUUCUUCGCUUAA